AUGUAUCCCCACACGAUCCUCAUCGUCCUCCUCCCCGCCAUCGCUGGAAUCGCAUCCGCCCUCCCACAAGGAAAUACUGCAUCUGCUGUUCCAUCCAGCGUUGCCAUUCCAUCGAGCGCUCCCGCCCCAUCCAGCGUUGCCGUUCCAUCCAGCACUCCCGCCCCAUCCAGCGUUGCCGUUCCAUCCAGCGCUCCCGCCCCCUCCAGUGUUGCCAUUUCACCGAGUGCUGCCGCCCCAUCCAGCGCUCCCGCCCCCUCCAGUGUUGCCAUUUCACCGAGUGCUGCCGCCCCAUCCAGCGCUCCCGCCCCCUCCAGUGUUGCCAUUUCACCGAGUGCUGAAGCCCCAUCCAGAGCUCCCGCUCCAUCCAGCGCUGCCGUUACUGUGUCAGCCGCUUCCCCUGCCGCACCGACAGCAGCUGCUACUGCGUCUGGCACCGCUUAA